AUAUCAUGUUUUUCCUCUUCCACUCUAAUUGUUUUUUGAAUUUAUGCAGGCAAACCAAGAUCCACAAUAUUGGGCCAACACUCGUUGGUGUUGAUAAAUAUGGUAACAAGUAUUACGAGAAAACUGAAAACACACAGUAUGGAAGGCACAGAUGGGUUGAAUAUGCAGAGAAGACUAGAUAUAACGCUUCUCAGGUUCCUGCUGAAUGGCAUGGCUGGCUCCACUUCAUAACUGAUCACACCGGUGAUGAACUUCUUUUACUGAGACCAAAAAGAGCCUGGCCCAUAGUGCAACACAAAAAAAAAGUAACAUUUCUAUGCAACGCCAAGAAUUCUGGUUAG